AGGCUCCUUUCUUGGACAAUACUCUAAGCUGGGAGGGGAGAUUAAAAGAAGGAAUCACAUAGGGUUUUGCAGAGAAGACAACAAAUUGAUUCGAAUCGGUAAAUCAGCAGCGAUGGACGUGAUAAAAUCGCAGCAAAUAUCGGCGAGGCCGAUCGAGAAGGUGAUAGUUCACCCUCUGGUUCUGCUCAGCAUCGUCGACAACUACAACAGAGUCGCCAGAGACACUCGAAAGCGUGUCAUCGGAGUCCUCCUCGGCAGUUCCUUCAAAGGCGUCGUCGAUGUCACCAACAGCUAUGCAGUGCCUUUUGAAGAAGAUGACAAGGAUCCAAGCAUAUGGUUUCUUGACCACAACUACCAUGAAUCAAUGUUUUCUAUGUUCAAGAGAAUAAAUGCAAAGGAGCAUGUCGUUGGUUGGUAUAGUACAGGCCCAAAGCUGCGGGAGAAUGAUCUAGAUAUUCAUAGUUUAUUUAAUGAUUAUGUUCCAAAUCCUGUCUUAGUCAUCAUCGAUGUCCAACCUAAGGAGCUUGGAAUACCCUCUAAGGCUUAUUAUGCUGUUGAAGAGGUUAAAGAGAAUGCAACUCAGAAAAGCCAGAAAGUGUUUGUUCAUGUGCCUUCAGAAAUUGCUGCUCAUGAAGUUGAGGAAAUUGGAGUGGAGCAUUUGCUGAGGGACGUGAAGGAUACAACCAUUAGCACACUUGCAACCGAGGUCACUGGAAAACUUGCAGCCUUGAAGGGUUUGGAUGCAAGAUUACAAGAAAUACAUGGUUAUCUUGAUCUUGUUGUUGAUGGAAAGCUUCCUUUAAAUCAUGAAAUUCUUUAUCAUUUACAAGACGUAUUCAACCUUCUUCCAAAUCUGAACGUGGCUGAGCUAAUUAAGGCAUUUGCAGUGAAAACAAAUGAUAUGAUGUUGGUUAUAUAUCUUUCUUCCCUCAUCCGAAGUGUCAUAGCGCUCCACAACUUGAUCAAUAACAAGAUGCUUAAUAAAGAACAUGAAAAAGCCGAGGAUUCAAAGCCAGCAGCAGUUCCACCUGUCGCGGGAAGCUGAACAUAGGCUUUUGCUGGAGUUUGGUUUUUAAAGCAUGAAGAGCUAAGCGAUAGGUAAAGGGUAACCUGUUGUAUGCCUUCAUUUGGGGGUUCUCAUUCAUGACAAUUAUUACAUACUGCUGCCAAAGAUAACAGGUCCCCUUACUCGAGAUUCAUAAUUUCCUUUGAUUUGUUAUUUGGUGAACUGUAAUUUGCUAAGCAUUUUGAACCAUCAUCUCAAGUAUCUGAUACAACAUGUUAUGAUAUUUUUUUUUCUCUUUCA